AACCGAUAAAAUGGUAUCAAUCUAAUGGUUGAAAAUAUUAGAAUCAGGACAAAAACAGAAGCUCAAAAAGAUGCUUAUUUGCCCAUUUUUUAAUGUUUGUCAACCCCCACAUCAUGAUCAACUUUCUUGCAAGAAAGUGUAUAAAAACAACUCUAUAUUUUUCUCAUUCUCUCCAUCUGAAAUAGAAAUAUAUUUGAAAGAUUGAUGAUGAUGGAUAUUGAGGUAAUUAAAGAAGUUUUGUUUACUAAAAGUGCCAGUUUUACUGUAGUUUUCACAGGUUUGGCGAUUUUAUUGGGUUACUUGUAUAAGCCUUAUUGGGGUGUUAGGAAGGUACCAGGCCCUCCUUCAAUCCCUCUGCUAGGGCAUCUUCCUUUACUUGCUAAGUAUGGUCCUGAUGUUUUCUCUGUUCUUGCUAAGCAAUAUGGUCCUAUUUUCAGGUUUCAUAUGGGAAGACAACCAUUAAUAAUAGUAGCAGAUGCAGAGCUUUGUAAAGAAGUUGGAAUCAAGAAAUUCAAAGACAUUUCAAACAGAAGCAUUCCUUCUCCAAUUGCAGCUUCACCACUUCAUCAAAAAGGUCUCUUCUUCACCAAGGAUUCAAGAUGGUCAACCAUGCGAAACACGAUAUUAUCAGUUUACCAGCCAUCACAUUUGGCCAGCCUAAUACCCACUAUGCAAUCAUUUAUCGAGUCAGCUACCGGUAAUUUUGAAUCCGUCAGCAAAGAAGAAGACGUGACUUUAUCCGAUCUCUCUCUCAAACUGGCUUCAGAUGUAAUAGGACAAGCUGCGUUUGGUGUUGAUUUCGGACUUUCUAAGCCACAGUCAGUCUCCGAAUCAUCCAACAAUACCCGUUACCAAAAGAACGGAAAAGAAGUCUCAGAGUUCAUCGACCAACAUGUCUACUCAACAACUCAGCUUAAGAUGGACUUAUCUGGUUCCUUUUCGAUUAUUGUUGGUCUUCUAAUUCCUAUCCUGCAGGAGCCUUUUCGGCAGAUUCUUAAGCGAAUUCCCGGCACUAUGGACUGGAAAGUGGAUAGAACUAAUAAUAAUUUAAGUGGUAAGCUGGAUGAAAUUGUGGCAAAGAGAACGAAAGACAAAAACCGAGGUUCAAAAGACUUGUUAUCGCUCAUAUUAAGUGCAAGAGAGUCUGAAACUGUGUCGAAAAACGUUUUCACUCCAGAUUAUAUUAGUGCAGUUACAUAUGAGCAUCUUCUUGCCGGUUCAGCUACGACAUCAUUCACAUUAUCUUCAGCUGUUUACUUAGUUUCUGGACAUCCAGAGGUUGAGAAAAAGUUACUUGCAGAAAUUGAUGGGUUUGGUCCACCUGAUCAGAUGCCAACCGCCCACGAUCUUCAAACCAAGUUCCGGUAUCUUGAUCAGGUGAUUAAAGAGGCCAUGAGAUUCUACUUAGUUUCGCCAUUAGUCGCGAGAGAGACGUCGAAAGAAGUGGAGAUAGGAGGUUACCUUGUUCCAAAGGGCACAUGGGUGUGGCUAGCACUUGGAGUUUUAGCAAAAGAUCCGAAUAACUUCCCAGAACCAGAGAAAUUCAAACCAGAGAGAUUUGAUCCGAAUUGCGAAGAGGAAAAGCGGAGGCAUCCUUAUGCUCUGAUACCAUUUGGAAUCGGACCGAGAGCUUGCAUUGGCCAGAAAUUUUCCCUGCAAGAAAUAAAGCUGUGUUUGAUACAUCUAUACCGAAAAUACGUAUUUCGACAUUCCCCAAACAUGGAAAAACCUCUGGAACUCGAUUUCGGCAUAGUUCUUAACUUCAAACAUGGUGUUAAGCUUAGAGUCCUAAAAAGAAACUAAUACAUGAAUUAUUCUGUAAAGCUUUAGAGUCAUCCGUUUGAUGCAAUCAACUAUUAAUUUCCAUGUUUGCUUACAAAAGUUACAUCAUCUAAAUAAAGAAGUAUAUUUUUUGAGCAA